GCAGCGUGGCCGGCUCUUGGUCCAGCGGACUAGUUGGGUACUGCGGUCAACGUGGCCAGCGGCGCAGGGAUUCAUGUAUCUUUUCCCCAAGCAAGAAAUGGGGCGCCAGGCCGGGAGCACGUGUGGGCCGGCCCUCCCUGUUACCAUGUACUCCGUACUCCGUGCAAUCCUGGCACGCGCAAAUGCAGCCUUCCAAAGGUUGGGGUACCUCUGCCGGCCCCCCUUCGCUCUCCCAGAUAAUAUGGGCAUGAACCACGCCCGUGCCCAUGCCCCGUCGCCAUCACCGUCAGCGCCGACCGACUUGUCCCUCCACCGACCUCCCGCAAUCCACCUGCCCACCUCAGUCAGCCAGCCCUGCCAGACUUUUCAGCACCCUGCCUAUUGUCCGGUCCAGACAAAGACACCCGCUGCCGCUCACACAAUCCCAAGGCAUCCCAAGGCAUCCCAAGGCACCUCCGAUGUACAACACCGGCGCCGCCAUGGUUUAAGGCCAGAGCGACCACUGCCAGGCCCACUCUUGUCCCCUUUCCUCCUUCCCAACCUGUCUUGACUUUGUACCACCCGCACAAAGUCUUGCAGCGCGUCAAUUGCCCGCCACGCUGCCACACAGGCAACCACUCGCGCGCAAUGGCCUCUCCAGCCCGCCAUCACACCUCCCCCCCCACGUCACCUCUUUCCGAUCUCUCGCACACGCCCUCGCCCUCGCCCUCGCCCUCGCCCUCGGCCCCCUCAUCCCCUCUCUCCGUCUUGUCCAAGUCGCCAUCCCUCUCCCCUAACGCCGCCGCCGCCGCCGCCGCCGCCGAGACGGCCACGGCCAGCAUGGAUAUCACCACGCGAUAUCCCUCACCAAGCUCUACCGCCACGCAGUCGGGCAGCGCCUCGCCUCUCAAGCUGCCAGACAGCCACGAGAUUCAGGUCCGCACCGACGGCGCACCCCCACCACCCAAGAGGCGCAGGCUGGCAGAGCCGAAGCCGCGCACCACCCAACACCUGGACCUCGACAACCGCGACGAUGCUGCCGAGCUCCAGCUGGAGCGCCUGCUCAACACCUUGCGCCGCAAGAAGAAGAUCGUGGUCAUCGCUGGAGCUGGCAUCUCCGUCUCAGCUGGGAUACCCGACUUUCGAUCCAGGGAGGGCCUCUUCAAGACCCUCGGCGAGAAGCACAAGAUCAAGGGCGGCGGCAAAUCACUCUUCGACGCCUCCGUCUACAAGAACGACAAGUCUACGGCAGAAUUCCAUAAGAUGGUUCGCGACCUGUCGAGCCUGACAAAAGAGGCCAAGCCCACCCCCUUCCAUCAUAUGCUAGCCACAAUCGCUCAGGAGGGCCGCCUGAUGCGACUCUACUCUCAGAACGUCGACUGUCUCGACACAUCCCUAAAGCCUCUGGCAACUAACAUCCCCUUAAAUACCAAGGCUCCGUGGCCGGUCACGAUACAACUCCAUGGCGGGCUCGAGAAAAUGCAGUGCACCAAAUGCAGCGACGUGAACGGCUUCAACGGCGACCUCUUCCAGGGGCCUGAGCCACCUCUAUGUGGCCAAUGCAAGGACGCCGACUAUGUGCGCACUACAUUUGGGGGGAAGCGCAGCCAUGGGAUAGGGCGCCUCAGACCACGAAUGGUUCUUUACAACGAGUACAACCCAGAUGAGGAUGCCAUCGGUAAAGUCUCGCAAGCCGACCUUCGCCGGAUCCCGGACGCUGUAAUUGUUGUGGGGACAUCUCUGAAAGUACCUGGCGUCAGAAGGAUCGUCAGGGAGUUGUGUCUGGCCACGCGCUCCAAGCGAGACGGUUUCACGGCCUGGAUCAACCUGGACCCAGCACCCCAAGCUCCGGACAUGAAGGAUCUGUGGGAUCUCGUCGUACGCGGCAAGUGUGACGAUAUCGCCGGUUUGUUGAACUUGCCCCACUGGGACUGUGACACUGAGGAUAUCGGCAAGAAGGAGGAGUACAUGGUGUCCGGAUCAGUUGAGAGAGAAGUGGAGUACAAAGAACGGUGCAGUCGCGAUAGAAUCGACGUGCUGCUGGCCAACAAGAAGCGCUCCUUCGAUCAAUCCAGCGACACGGAAUCGAAACCCGACCUCAAGUCCAUACUCAUGGACAAGAUGAAAGAUACCUUACCAACACCAAGUGCAAGCCCUCGGCAAGGCACACCACAGCCUCGCAAACCGCUACCAAAGGGCAAGGUCAAGCAAAGCACGCUCAGCUUUGGAGGGCAAACCGUCGCUGCCGAAGGUGAUGGUAAGGUACCGAAAGCCGCCAAGCUGAGGAAGCCCAGACAGCCCAAGAAGACCAAAGAGGCGAAGCCAAGUAGUGGUAUCACCAAGACCUUCAAGGCUACCAAGACUGUCACCAAGGUUGACAGUCUGGACAAGACGCUCCCAACGCAAGUCAAGAGAGAAUCACCACCUCCUAGGAUGUCAUCACCCUUGGAGAAAAAAGGCAACCGGCUUAACUCUCUCCCCUCCCUGCGACCAGAGGUUCAGGCCCAUGGGAAGCUUCCUUACCUCAACGUCGGUGCCUCUUCCAGCGAUCUGAGCUUUAUCAGUGCCAAGAGCGACGUGGAGGAGAAUAAUGCGAAUCUCUCAAGACCCCGCGGAAUGGAGAACUUGAUGGAUUAGAGAUCUUUCCCAGCUCUUCCCCGAGAAGAAACGUGGGCUAUGUUACGCCUCGGUCAGAAGGGCUCCAGCGCUCCCAAGACGUCCAGUGAGGCUCGCGUUCAUGUUUGUGAACAAGACGCGAGGAGGGCCCACUCCCUCAGUCAGUCACAUAGCUUCAGCAGCCAGACUUCGGCAGAUCUUGUCGGAGACCAAUGGCUUCCGUGGACUCUCACAGAUCUGCCGGAUAUUACAUGAGCACCUGACCAGCGGAUUGGAUCCUGCGAGUUAGGGCUAUUGGAGAGGCGGUUUUCAGUUGUAACCAGGCAGCGUUUGCACUGCCAAACACCAAGCAGUCUUGGAUUGUACAGAUUUUCCCCACACGCAUCGCUACUGUUCAUAGGACACCAACAUACCAAGGGAUAGCGCCUUGAGAGGAGUCCGGAAUACCUUCGGAAGGGACAGGUUUGCCUUACCAGCGAGGCGUUGCGUUUGUUGCUACGGGCGGGUUUGUUUGUGCAAGGGGAAAAUAUACACGACCACAUCAGGAGUUUUGAUGAUAUACCUAUAGACCAAGGAGGGGCGUACGCAUGCUGUAGCAGCGUUCGCUAAAUGAGAUUCAAGCGCGUAAUCGCUUCAGGCUCUUUGGCCGUGCAUUGCACCCGGGGUUGUGACCUAAGUGCCUGUCGCCACCCGGCGUCUCCGCCGUGGCAGGCUCCGACUGGCACCCUGAGGAGGUCAUUU